GGAAGUGGCUCUGGAUGGUUAGCAACGGGGCUGGUUGCUAACGAAGGAGGCGGAGGGGAACCGGGCCGCGAGAACAAAGCAAGGAAGACAGAUUUAGGCUUUGCCAUCCACAUCCUAGCCAUGUUGGCUACAGCUGAUGAAACAUCAGAGGACCUGCCAGUGAGAGAUGUAGGCCUGGGUCUUGGAGGGCUGCAAGAAUCAGCAACAGCCCAGAACAUGAAGGCUCGGCAGGCCGUUUCCCGCAUCAGCCGAGAGGAGCUGGAAGACCGGUACCUCCGCAUGCACGAAGAGAACAUCUUACUCAAGCAGCAUGGUCGCAAACAAGAGGAUAAAAUUAAAAGGAUGGCCACCAAGUUAAUACGGCUAGUGAAUGACAAGAAGAGAGCUGAGCAAGCCGGCGGCGGCCCCAAGCGGCUGGGCCACGAGGUCGAGAUGGAGGAAGUGAUUGAGCAGCUGCAGGAGAAGGUCCGGGAGCUUGAGAAACAGAAUGAAGCCAUUCGCCACCGGCUGAUUUCAACCAAGCAGCAGCUGCAGCUUCAGGGCCACAGGCACGCACCCUACAGUUACGUCCAGGCACGCGUCAACACGGGCCUCAAAAAAGGGACCGAGGGUGUGGGCGCCCAAGGGCACGUAAGGAAAGGAAUGAGAUUGCAGGAUCUAGAUGUCCAGCCUUUGAAAUCCCCACAAGCGUUGCCACCCAAAUAUGGACACCAUUUACUCGAAGAAGCAAGAGCAGAGAUAAGAAACUUAGAGAACGUGAUUGAAUCACAAAAGCUGCACAAUGAAGAGUUAUCAAGUACAGUGGAAAUGCUCAAAAGUGAGUUAAAGAAGAAAGAAGAAGAUUUUGACGAUGCUCUUCUACAAAUGAAAGAGCAGCAAGCUACAGGUCAACGGUUAAGCAUUCGGGACAAUGUUGAAAUGAUCAAACUCCACAAGCAGUUGGCGGAGAAAAGCCGUGAGAUGGCAGCUGUGGAAGACAAAAUGCUUCAACUUCAAGAGAAUCAAAGGAAUCUGAAAGCUAGCCACGACGCGCUCAUGGCAAAAGGCGACGAACUCAACUUGCAGCUCAAAGAGGAACGUUCAAGGUGCCUCCAGCUGGAGAGAGAGCUGCACGCCGCAACGUUUUCAAAACGACGGUUAGAAGAGCUGCAAGACAGAAUUAAUGAUUUGGAAAAAGAGAGGGACCUUUUAAAAGAAAACUAUGAUAAGUUAUAUCACAGUGCCUUCGGCAUGACCCACGACCAGCACUGGAAGUUCAAGGAGCAGCAGCUGAAGCUGCAGAUCGCUCAGCUGGAAGCUGCUUUAAAGUCGGACUUAGCAGAUAAAAACGACAUCCUGGACAGAAUAAAAGUGGAACGAGAACAAAAUGAAAAAUUGGCCCAGGAGAAUCAAGAGCUACGACUGCGCUAUUUAGAACAAAAGCAACAGCUGGACAAAUUGAAGAACCGCUUGAAGUUUUUCAGCAAAGAAAGCGACAUUGAUGUGGCCGAACUGAGCGAAGCUCUCAUGCUUGCAAAGGUCCGGAAGCAGCAAGCAAGUGGAAACCUGAACUUUGUGGAGAAAGUAGAAGAUGAAGUCCAGAAGGACCUGGAACGAUCUAUGCGUGAGCUGCAGGCAACCCAUGCGGAGACCGUUCAAGAACUUGAAAAGACCCGCAACAUGUUAAUCGUGCAGCAUAAAAUUAACAAAGAUUAUCAGGCGGAAGUGGAAUCUGUGACACGGAAGAUGGAAGCUGUGCAGCAGGAUUACGAGUUAAAGCUGGAACAAUACGUCCACCUUCUUGAUGUUCGAGCUGCACGUAUUCGGAAAUUGGAAGCCCAGAUGAAAGAUAUUGCGUAUGGUACCAAACAGUACAAGUUCAGACCAGAAAUCAUGCCGGAUGAUCCAGUGGAUGAGUUUGAUGAAACCACCCACUUGGAGCGAGGAGAGAACUUGUUUGAAAUUCACAUCAGCCGAGUGGUAUUUUCUGAUGAAGCUGCCCACUCUUUUGAGGACCGGGAGCCUGCGACCUUCUGCACCUACGCCUUCUACGAUUUUGAACUCCAGACAACUCCGGUCGUCCGGGGCCUUAGCCCAGCCUAUAACUUUACUUCUCAGUAUCUCGUGAGGGUGGAUGACUUAUUUCUGCAAUAUUUGCAACAAAACAGUGCCACCCUGGAAAUCCACCACGCUUAUGGUGUGGAUUUUGAGACAGUGGGAGCUUGCCAGCUUAGAUUCCACGAGGUGUUGGACAAAGCCGGCCGGAUCUACAGCUCAGCCAUUUUAGUUGGAGUUGGCAGAGAGAUCCAGAACUAUGGCACGGUGGAAUACUGGCUCAGGUUACGAGUUCCCAUGGACCAAGCAAUCAGACUGUAUAAAGAACGGGCAAAAGCUCUCGGAUACAUAGCAACAAACUUAAAAGAUCAGCCGGCAUUCAGUCCAACCCAGGCCAGCAGUUCAGCAGACGGGAACUUAAAUGAACUCCACAUUACAAUCAAAUGUUGCCGAGAUCUGCAGUGCCGGAAGAGUGACCACCAACCCAACCCGUAUGUGGUCUACAAGUUCUUUGAUUUUGCAGACCACGACACCACCAUCAUUCCUAGCAGCAAUGACCCAGAGUUUGCUGACCACAUGUGCUUCCCAGUGCCCAUGAACAGUGACCUUGACCGCUACCUGAGAUCAGAAUCCUUAAGGCUCUAUGUCUUUGAUGACAGCGAAACAGAAGAUGGGGUUUACAUCGGAAAAGCAAAUGUGCCUUUAAUUUCAUUAGCACACGACAGAUACAUUUCAGGUACCUUUGAACUAACAGACUUUGAAGGCCGUUCCACUGGUACAAUUGCCAUUGAGUUGAAGUGGAAGUUUUCCUACCUCCAACCGGCUGAUUACGUUUUAGCGACAGACCUAUCAGACUACAUCCAGAAUGAGAAACCAGUGAAGGGUCAAGGAGAAGGACCAGUACCACCUUCUGCUUUCUCCUCGCCAGCCGUGAGGCCCCAGCCUAAGCCAAGGCGGCGCACAGCAGCAACGGACAAGAAGGUGUCGUUUGUGGGUGUGGCCACGCUGCCGGAUUCAAGUCCUCUUCCUGAAAAAGAAAAUAAAGAAACUGAGCAGAACAUGAAAGACGAAAAGCUCAUUGUUUCAGACAUUCCAGAGACCGAACCAGAAACACAAGCAGAUGAGAGAGCGAGGGGAUCUACGGCCAACAUGCAAGAGGACCAGGAAGAGCUUGCUCAGCUCUCCGAAGGUCAGUUUGCUGACCAGAGUUCUGUGUCUUCGGGAGACGAAACUGAAAUUACUGAGGAAUUGGAACCAGGAGCAGAAGAAGAUGACAGAGAGAGGAUGGAUGCUGUCGAAUCCGUAACAGAUAGUGAUGACUGCAUUGUUCCAAGUCCCGUGUCCGCGAGCCUCAAUCAGUCUGCUGAUAAAAUCCGGGUUGAAAUAGUCUCGCUCAGCCUCACGGACAGCCAGAUUGCGAGGGAUGACACCAUACAGCGGCUGUUUGUAGAAUGCAAGAUCUCUACUUUUCCGGCUUAUGAAACGCCAGUAUCGCUUCCGAAACCCAGGAUUGGACAGUGGGUCUACUACAAUUACAGCCAUGUGAUGCAUGUAGAUGAAGCAAACAAUAAAACGAGACGAGAUUUCCUCAAGGCCGUAGUCCAAGGAUCGGAGCCCAGCCCUGGAAGCAUACGAUUCACGGUGGUCACUGACCCCCCAGAGGACGAACAAGAUCUUGAGUGUGAAGAUAUUGGCUUUGCCUACAUCAGCCUGAGUGAUAUAUUUAGGAAAGGACGAGACAUGAUGGAAGAAGACAUCAAUGUUGUCAAUACGCAAGACGAUGGAGCAGUAAUUGGAAAGCUCAGAGUAACCGUGGAAGCCCUCCACGCUCUGCGCUCGGUCUACAAGGAGCGUGGAAAUGGACGGGAGACUCAAAAAUAAGCCCUUCGCAGCAAUGGGAAAAAGGGAUUUACAUAUUUCAGCUCCUGGCAAUCAGAGUGUAAAACAACACUCUAAAAGAAUCGAUCAGAUUAUCUCGCACUCAAGGCUGGGCCACUUGUUCCCACCCCCACCCUCUUUAAAUCAUGUUGAAAACUUAAAUAA